AUGACAAUAACUGUAAAAAGUAUAUCAGAUGAGUAUGGAGCCAUUGGGCCAGUCCGUCGUAAUGAUUUUAAAGAUAUUAUUGAUAAUACAGAAUUUGGUGGUGGUGCCAAUAUAAAACAAAUUUAUAUUAACAGAAUAGCAGAAAUUAAAAUUGGGAAUUUAAUAGACUCUAUCCAAUUUUCCUAUAGUGUAGUGACAAAUGACGGAAUAUCACAUAUUUAUCAAGGUGCUAAGUGGGGCGAGGGUUUAGGAGGUGCUCCAAAUGAACCAGUUGAUUUUACUGCUGAUGAACAAAUAAUAAAGAUAAGUGGCACACUUGUCAUAGCCGGUGGAAGGCAAGUUGUAAGAUCCUUGUCAUUCCAAACAUCACAAAGAACACUCGAUUACGGUUCAAAGGUAGUAGGAGAUACAGAAUUUUCUUUUCCUCCAGGUGUUAUUUUUGGUAGUAACGAUGAUGUUCUUUUUUCUAUCGGAGUAUAUGAGAUUGCAGAAGCGGAGCAAUCAGUCAAUACUGUAACAUCAACAAUUACUGAAACAACGGAACAACUAGCCAAGACUGUAACAUUAACAAUUACUGAAACAACGCAACAACUAGCCAAUACUGUAACAUCAACAAUUACUGAAACAAUGGCAGUACCUGCCAAUACUGUAACAUUAACAAUUACUGAAACAACGGAACAACUAGCCAAGACUGUAACAUCAACAAUUACUGAAACAACGGAACAACUAGCCAAGACGGUAACAUCAACAAUUAUUGAAACAAUCGCAGAAUCUGCCAAAACAGUCACCCCUGCAACUACAUUAAUCACAGAUAUAGCGGCAACCAAUAACUCUGCAACAGAAAUUGUAUUUGUCGAUAAUCCUCGAAUAAUUCUCGGUUUAAGUAUUCCCUUAGCAUUAUUAAGCAUACUGUUACUAGCAACUUUUUAUUAUAAAUAUAAGAAGAAAGAUACCCCGCUCAGAGUAGCGGGUGGUCAACCAGCCUAA